AUGAUCAGUAGAAUAGAAACAUUACCUAAUGAAAUUCUUCUUCAUAUAUUUUCUUAUAUUGAAUGGUUCGAUAUGUUAAUAUCUUUAUGGUCAUUAAAUAUUCGUUUUAAUUCUCUUAUAUGUUCAAUUCUUUCGAUAAAUGACAAUCGAUUAAACAGUGGUCUUAUUACGCGAGGUUUAUCGUAUAAUAAAUGUUGUUCAAUAUUAUUUCCAUUGAUUUUUAAUUCACCAUCUCUUUGUUCUUCUAUUCAACGAAUUCAUUUUGAUGAAACAAAUUCAAUUGCUUGUAAUCUUUGUUAUGAAUGGUUGUUUAAUGAUAAAAAUAUUUUUCGUUUUCCUACUCUUAAAUCACUUAUUCUUACUCGAUGUGGAUCAAUUGAACCAGUAAUUCAAUGUUUAUCUUAUCUUAUUAAAUAUCAAUUAAAUGAACUUACAUUAACAUUUGAUGAACAUGUAUUCAAUCGGUUUUAUUUUAUAACAAGACAAUUGUGUAUGGUUUCUGAUAAAGGUAACUAA